CAUGUAAUACGUCGACGUAUAUGCUUCUAUCUGCUUAGUUCUGCUUCUUCUGAUAGUAAUUAAAAAAUUUGUAAAAUGGCUGAAAGCUCAAGAAUAAAUGCUGGAAAUGCGGUGUGCCCUUUUUAUUACUAUUCUUCUUGUCGAGAUGGAAUAAAUUGUAAAUAUAUACAUGAUGCCACGUGUGAUAAUAUCGGAAAUAUUGCCUGUGAAUACUUUUUGAAAGGCAUCUGUAAAUAUGGCGAUGAAUGCUUGUUUAAUCAUACAAUAAUUACAGAGGGUGUUACAGCAAAAGAUGAGCAGACUUCUAAACCAUCAGCUAAACUGGAUAUGGAAUUGUGUCCGCAUUUCUUUGACGGUGUGUGUCCAUACGACGAAUGUCCAUGCUUUCAUGGAGAGAUAUGUGAACUGUGUCGCAAGUAUUGUUUGAAUCCUUUUGAUGAGAAGCAACGAAGUUUUCAUAUUGAAAUCUGUGGACAGGAGCAAAGCAAAAAUCUUCCUGAUUUUGAUAAAAAAUGUGGUAUAUGUUUAGAUGUUGUAAUGGAAAAAAAUCCAGUUGCAGAGCGUCGCUUUGGUAUUCUUGAGAAUUGCAACCACGUGUUUUGCUUAUCCUGCAUCAUAAAAUGGAGAAAAGUGGGAAUUUCUCGUCAUGAAGAAGAUUCAAUAGAUCCUGCUGUUACUCGUGCUUGUCCCGAAUGUAGAGUGCCGUCUAGUUUUUACAUACCCAGUAAGAAUUGGGUGCAUUCAAAAGGAGAGAAAAAGAUAUUAAUAGCUGAUUAUAAGAAAUCUCUGCUGACGAAACAUUGUAAAUAUUUCAAAAAUGGUAAAGGGAUUUGUCCCUUUGGUGUUGAGUGUUUUCAUCUUCACGCAAUGCCUGUUGUUCCAUCAGUAACUGCUCAGAGACAUCACUUUAUUAAUAGAGUGUCAUGGAACUCAAGCAUAUGGUAA